CAGAAACGAGAAAAAUGGUGUUGCAAGUCGGAGAGGAAUUCCAGUGAGGGACGUUCUUACAUGACGUCGGGAGAUCCCUGGCUAACGUUUGUAGUAUCGAUACAUUAUUGGCUACAUUGGAGUAUUACGGGAUUAUCGAUCUAGUUAGUCAUCAAACGUACAUCUUCCUGUGUAGCUAUAUGAAAGCAUUCAUAUCAUGUCUAAGAUUCAGCAUUUUAUUGGAAUGAGGAUCUGUAGUACCCAUUAUUAGCUAAAUCAGUUUUUGUUUACACCGGUAGCUAGAUAGCUAACGUACUGUACGCGCGAGCUGAACUCCGCUGUUCGUGGAAGAGUAGCUACCAAGAACACUUCUGGAUUACAAAAGUAAGAACGAAUUUAGCACAGCAAUCGCGUUGAGUUUAGCUGGACAUGGGGCUUCUCUUCGCCAAGUUAAUGACUGUCUUUGGAGACAAAGAACACAAAGUCAUUCUCGUGGGGCUUGACAAUGCAGGGAAAACCACAAUCCUCUACCAAUUCCUGACCAAGGAGGCGGUCCACACCUCCCCCACCAUCGGCAGCAAUGUGGAGGAGAUCGCCGUGCGGAAGACCCGCUUCCUGGUGUGGGACAUCGGGGGACAGGAAAGCCUGAGGGCCAGCUGGAACUCCUAUUACUGCAACACUGAGAUCGUGAUUCUCGUUGUGGACAGCACCGACCGAGAGCGACUCACGCUCACCAAGGACGAGCUGCAUCGCAUGCUGGCGCACGAGGACCUGCGGAACGCGGCGGUGCUGGUGCUGGCCAACAAGCAGGACAUGAAGGACUCCAUGACGGCGGCGGAGAUCUCCCAGUGCCUGACGCUCAGCUCCAUCACCGGCCACUCCUGGCACGUCCAGGCCUGCUGCGCCCUGACGGGGGAGGGGCUCCCAGCCAGUCUGGACUGGAUGAGGUCACGGGUCCUGGCCAGCUAGGGUCGCGCUCGGCCCCGCCCCCUCGCACGGCGCUCACCGGUACGCCCUCCCUGACCUCGGCGGCGUGGCCUCUCCACGCACCACAGCUCCGCCGCACCUCCGCCCCGCAGGGGCCCCGCCCCCCCACGACCUCGCACUGACCUGCGGUUGCCACGGGAUACGCACGGAUCUCCUUGCCUUUGAUGUGGACUGAGCUCGCCUCAGGGGAGGGGCCUCCUUUGCUCUGUGUGCGUGUGUGUGUGUCUGCUUCUGUGUUCUGUAGGACCACAUAUACACCAGCACACUAACUCUUGUUGCAGCCCUGGACAGCCUGUACAUACACACACACACACACACACACACACAGGCAGACAUGUGGCCAUUCUUGCCCCUGGCUGCACUGGAGGGGAUGGGCCACAAUCGAAUCUUGAGCCGCUAUUGGCUGACAGCCGACCAGCAGCACAGGGGAUUGGUCAGUUCCUCCUGCCGAGCCUCUCUUUGGGAUAUUGACUGAAUCUCACGUGUUACAUGCAGACAAGAAGAAUCACAAUGGACCUAUGGACCAGAUGGGUGCCUGCCAUGUUUUUUUUUUCUCAGAGCUUCUGUACGUGUACAUUUACAUGGAGUAUUUAUUUGAAAGGACAAACAAAUGGAAAAUCUUCCAUUUCUUACUGUAAUUGUGUUUGCAUGCUGUAAAAAAUCUAAUGUACAGGUAUUGUAUUUUUGUACAAAAUAAAUGUCAUUACUGAUAAAUUGC